UCUAACACUCUUUACAAAAAGCAUUUUUCUACAUGUCUCUAUAUACGAUAGCCAUUGGAGCUGGUGGAACAAAACCUAACAUUUCCACGUUUGGAGCGGACCAAUUCGACGAUUACAGUAUUAGAGAGAGAAAACAAAAGGAUUCGUUCUUCAAUUGGUGGACGUUUAGCUCCUUUUCGGGUGCGUUAUUCGCGACACUAGGGCUCGUCUACAUCCAAGAGAAUCUUGGGUGGGGUUUAGGUUAUGGCAUCCCUACCCUAGGACUCUUGGUUUCUCUAGUUGUUUUCUAUAUCGGGACACCGUUUUAUAGGCAUAAGGUCAUCAAAUCAGUUAAUUUGGCCAAAGUUUUGGUUCGAGUCCCUAUCGCAGCAUUCAAAAACCGAAAGCUUCAUUGUCCGAAUGACCUUUUGGAGCUUCAUGAGCUUGACUCCCAUUACUACAACUGCACUGGUAAACAUCAAGUUCAUCACACCCCCAUAUUCAGGUACUUGGAUAAAGCUGCCAUUAAGACAUCUUCCAGAGAGUCACCUUGUACUGUGACAGAAGUGGAAGUGGCAAAGCGUGUGCUAGGGCUUACCUUAAUAUGGCUUGUCACUUUAAUCCCAAGCACCUUAGGGGCACAAGUCAAUACUCUCUUUGUCAAACAAGGGACCACAUUGGACCGAAAACUCGGAUCCCACUUCCAAAUCCCUGCGGCUUCGCUGGGAGGCUUUGUUACCCUCUCAUUGCUUCUUUCAAUUCCAAUAUAUGACCAAUACUUUGUUCCCUUCAUGCGCAAGAAAACUGGAAACCCUAGAGGGAUCACCAUACUCCAAAGGCUAGGGAUAGGGUUUUUGAUCCAAAUUGUUGCAAUAGCUGUUGCUUCGGCUGUAGAGGUCAAGAGGAUGCACGUAAUAAAAGAAUUUCACAUAACUAACCCUAAACAAGUUGUGCCUAUGAGCAUUUUCUGGUUGCUCCCUCAAUACUGUCUUCUGGGCAUUGGGGGUGUGUUUGACGCGAUUGGUUUGCUUGAGUUUUUCUACGAUCAGUCACCUGAGGAGAUGCAGAGCCUUGGGACAACGUUUUUUACCAGUGGGAUCGGUCUUGGGAAUUUCUUGAACAGCUUCUUGAUGACAAUGAUUGAUAAGAUCACAAGUAAAGGGGGAGGCAAGAGUUGGAUUGGGGAUAACUUGAACGAUUCUAGGCUAGAUUACUAUUAUGGGUUUCUAAUGGUGAUUUCGAUUGUGAACAUGGGAUUGUUCUUGUGGGCAGCUAGCAAGUAUAUUUACAAGAGUGAUGAGACCAAAGAGUUUAAUGGAGGAUGUGUUCAAAUGGAGGUCAAAUCCUUAGAUACAUCUCCUCUUACUAUCUAGCUAUAACAAAUGAAUGAUUUAUAUAUACGGUUUUCUAAAAAAACAUGUAAG